CUCGCCUCCUCGCUCCCUCCGGGCGCCGGGCCCCGCGGACUCUCCGGGCGCGCAGCGUGAGUGCACCGAGGGCGGGGGGGCCUCCGGCCCGGGCCGGCUGCUCCUCUUCACGCCGGGACGUCCGUCUGCCCGUGCGCCUCACCUGCACCUCGAGGGACCAUGGCCACCAUCCCAGACUGGAAGCUACAGCUGCUGGCCCGGCGCCGGCAGGAGGAGGCAGCCGCGCGGGGCCGGGAGAAGGCGGAGCGGGAGCGCCUGUCCCAGAUGCCAGCUUGGAAGCGGGGGCUCCUGGAACGCCGCCGGGCCAAGCUUGGUCUGUGUCCUGGGGAGCCCAGCCCUGCGUCUGGGCCUCCAGACCCAGACAAGUCUGCGGUCCUGCUGGAGGCCAUCGGCCCGGUGCACCAGAACCGAUUCAUCCGGCAGGAGCGCCAGCAGCAGCAGCAGCAGCAGCGGCGGAGUGACGAGCUCCUUGCAGAAAGGAGGCCUGGACCUGCGGAGGCCCGGGAAUGGAGACCCAGCCCAGGGGAGAUACAGGAUCCAAGUCCCCAAGAAAGAGAGCCCAGGGAAGAGCGGCUCAGCCCCAGGGAAGCCGGAGACAGGAGGCCGGGGGUAGGGGGAGCCCGAGAGUCAAGCCCCAGGCCUGCGGAGGCCCGGGACUGGCCGCGCCCGGGAGAGGCUGGAGACAGGGCCUCGGGGCUGCCAGAGGCGCGGCGGUGGAGGCUGAGCCCGGGAGAAGCGGACGGAGGUGUGACCCCGGCAGAGCCUGGAGAACAAGGCCCCAGGAGGAAGGCGGCGGCCGGGGGGAGGCUGAGCCCAGUGGAGCCUGACGGCCAGCACUCGGGCCCGACCGAGGCCCCUCAAUGGAGGCCUGGCCGCGCAGAGUCUCCGGAGCAGAGUCGGAAGCCACUGGCGGCGUCAGAAUGGAGACUGAGCCCAGGAGACGGGAAAGGCAGCGCGGAGGGACGUGGGAGCAGAGAAGACAGGCGGGCCCCCGAGGAGCUGACCGGGCUGCCCGGGACGCCGGCGCACGAGGCUGCGGGCCGCAGCUCCGAAGGCGGGCAGACCGCAGAGCGGAGCCCCAGCCCUGCCGAGGGUGGGGAGGGGGACUCCAGGCUGCCCGAAGGGUGGAAGUGGACCCUGCUCUCCGGGAAGGCUCGAGAAUGGACAGCCAGGGACCCAGAGACUCCGACUCGGAAGCCAGCCCCUCCGGAGCCCGCCGGGAAGCCCCUGGGGCCUCUCGGUGUGGAGGCUGCAGGGGAGGAGGCGGGGGCCCAAGGCCGGCCCCCGAGCGCCCUGCAGAGCCGCUGCGCUGGGCCCUGCCCCCUCCCGCCCGAGGACGCGCGGCCCGGAGGCGCUAGGCAGCAGGAAGAGGAAGCGGAGGAGCCGCGGCCCCCACCCGCCCCUCUGUCUCCCCCACCACCGGCCCCCCAGUCCCCUGGGGAUCCCCUCAUGAGCCGGCUGUUCUAUGGGGUGAAGGCAGGGCCAGGGCUGGGGCCACCCCGCCGCAGCGGGCACACCUUCACCGUCAACCCCAGGCGGUCUGCGCCCCACGCAGCCCCUGCCGCUCCUGCCCCCGCUGAUGCUGCGGCCCCCGGGGCCGGGAAGAAGCGGUACCCGACUGCGGAGGAGAUCUCGGUUCUGGGGGGCUACCUCCGCCUCAGCCGCAGCUGCCUUGUCAAGGGGUCCCCUGAAAGGCACCACAAACAGCUCAAGAUCUCCUUCAGCGAGACAGCCCUAGAGACUACGUACCAGUACCCCUCCGAGAGCUCGGUGCUGCGGGAGCUGGGCCCGGAGCCCGAGGCCCCGGGCGCCCCCGCGGCCCAGCCCGACGACGAGGAAGAGGAGGAGGAGGAGCUGCAGGCGGAGCCCCGGGGCGGCCUGCGCUCCAAGGCGCUGCUAGUGGAUGAGUCCUGCCGGAGGUGACCCUCUUUCAACACAGGGACCUACCUUCCUCCUUCCCGAAAUGAAGAUCCUGGCUCCCGGAAGAUUCAGAACAGACGCCCCUGAAAGGAGCCUGGCAGGAAGGGCAGCCCACGUCCUCCGACCUGCUGUCCCCGCCCUGUCUCUGAGGACAGAGCCCAAAUGCCACCUCGCCCGCAGUCCCCAGACUGAGUGCCAGCUGUGCUCACGCUCCCUGGGCGGCCCAGCCCCAGGCGGAGGCCGAGCUCACGGAUGGGUGGAGGAGAGCCCUCCAUCUGUGGGCACAGCACACCGCCUGGCAGCCUCCCUCGGGAGGCCGGCCCAGUCCUUUUAUAGGCACCUCUUUCUCCUGUUCCUUAGGCACUGCCCUUCGUUUACAGCUCCUGCUUCCUCUCUCUUUUUAAAAAUAUUUUUUUAUUGAUUUCAGAGAGGGAGAGGGAGAGAGAUAAAAACAUCAAUGAUGAGAGAGAACCAUCCAUCGGCUGCCUCCUGCACGCCCCGACUGGGGAUCAAGCCGGCAACCGGGGCCUGUGCCCUGACCUCCUGGUUCACAGGCUGAUGCUCAACCACUGAGCCCCACGGGCUGGGCUCUUGCCUCCUCUCUUGACCAUAACCUGGUUUACAAACACCCCCAGCUCCCCUCCCAAGGUCCCAGGUUUACAAGCCACGCCUGCUUCCCAUGUCCAUGUGGAUCCUCUUCCCUGUCCCCCAGUCACCCCACUGGGGUGUGGCUUCCUCCGCUUUUGCUCAGUAUUACUCCGCCUCAGUUUUCCCCAAGAGGGAAGGCUGGGAAUCUUAGCUCUGUACCCCCAUCUGGUUAUUUAAUUCUGUUCCUCUUCAUGGUUCACAAAUGAAUUGCAAGGGUUUGGUGUGACUAACGAAGCACCUCAAUUCUCCCCUACUUCUCCUUCCUUAUCAAUUGCCUGUUU